AUGAUUAUGUGCUCGGGUCCCUUCAAGCGCGUGGCCUAUGCCGCGAUUCUGACCUGCGUGGCCCAUGGCGCGAGGGAUACGGAGUCCGCGUCGGCCUUUGCGUCUCUGGAGUCCGAGGUGAAGGGAUCGGGUAAGACCUCCUCUAGCGCCGUGGUCAACGUCGGAGCCAAGGGUAGGCUCAUUAUGCCGCACUUGUUGCAGCGCGCGUCGGCGACACGCGGCCCGACUCAGAGCGAGGCGAUGGAACCCGCCCUCUCGGGGGAGCCUGGCGAGCGGGUGCAGGAGGGCGGUGUCGAGUUCGAGAGCCCGUCGGCCGGAGACACAGUCGCAGAGGGCACCAUCACCGAGCCAGAGUUGUCCGUCCAGGAGCUGCUCGAGGCCACACCCCGCCAGUGCGAGAACGCUAAGGUCAAGGCGCGCGACCGCAUGAUGACGUCGCUCGGCAUUGGGAAGACCGACUACCAGAUGCAGUUGAACGGCCUCAGUGCGACAUGCAAGAAGGUCACAACCCAGCAGAAGGAGGCCAAGAAGACCAUGGAUAAGAUUGCGAAGCUGUCAGACAAACUCCAAGAUGCUGAGGCUGAAUAUCAAGAUCUCUUGAUCCGCUUGGACCAAGAUCAGAGAGCUAUCAAGGAGCAGGGUGAGCUCAUCGAGAAGUUGGACGCGGCCGUGGAGAAAGGGAAGGCUCGGCAGUGA